AACUCACUGUCUUCUCUUCCACUUUCCAAAAAAGCACUUCUCGUCUUCUUCCUCUCUUCCUCCUUGCUCUCACCCGAAACCGCUUCUCAAAGCCACACCACACCAAUUAAAUAACAUUCACAAUCCUUCUCCUUCUUCUACAAUGGUCGACGUCGACCGGAGAAUGUCCACCCUCAACCCCGCCCACAUCGCCGGCCUCCGCCGUCUCUCCGCCCGCGCUGCCGCCACUUCAUCCGCCCCCCUCCGCAACGGCCUCCUCUCCUUCUCUUCCCUUGCCGAUAAAGUCCUCACCCAUCUUCGAAACUCCGGCGUUGACGUCCAGCCCGGUCUCUCUGACGCUGAAUUUGCCCGAGCCGAGGCCGAGUUCUGCUUCUCCUUUCCACCUGAUCUCCGGGCGGUCCUCUCCGCCGGCCUCCCUGUCGGCCCCGGCUUCCCAGACUGGCGCUCCGCCGGCGCACGCCUCCAUCUCCGGUCAUCCCUCGACCUCCCUAUUGCUGCAAUUUCCUUCCAAAUCGCGAAAAAUACACUCUGGUCCUGCUCUUGGGGCCAAAAACCGGCCGAACCAGAAAAGGCAUUAAGGAUCGCGAGAAAUUUACUUAAACGAGCCCCUGUCUUGAUCCCCAUUUUCAACCAUUGCUACAUUCCUUGCAACCCGCCCUUGGCCGGGAACCCAAUUUUCUUUGUUGAUGAGAAUCGGGUUCUUUGCUGUGGGUUGGAUUUGUCUGAUUUCUUCGAACGGGAGUCUCUAUUUCGGUGCUCUGUUUCGGAUUCCGAUUCCGAUCCUCUAUUCUCGAAACAGAGGUCUCUCGCAGAGAAGUCUAUAGGACCAUCGGCGAAUUUCUCACGGCGGAGUGUGGAUUCAGGGGUUGUAAGAACGCCGAGGUGGGUCGAGUUUUGGAGCGAUGCCGCCAUGGACCGGCGGCGGAGGAACUCGUCGUCGUCGUCGAAUUCUUCCCCAGAUCGAUUCAUCGAGAUGCCGAGAUCUGAAAUCCCGAAGUGGGUUGGGAAGUAUAUUGGGGAAUUGGGAUCGGUUUUAAGGACCGGUGGGUGGAGUGAAUCGGAGGUGGCGGAGAUGGUGGAGGUCUCAGCGGCGGGAUUCUUUGACAGCGAGAUGGUUAUGUUGGACAAUCAGGCGGUUUUGGAUGCUCUUCUUUUGAAAGUGGACCGUUUUUCCGGUUCGUUGCGGCGGUCCGGUUGGAGCUCCGAGGAGGUUUCUGAGGCGUUUGGGUUCGAUUUUCGGCCGGAGAAGGGGAGGAAACUGGCUAAGAAGCUAUCGGCAGAACUAGUGGAGCGAAUUGGGAAACUGGCUGAGUCGGUUUCCCGGUCAUGAUACGUGACUUCCUUUUUUUUUCCCCUUUUACUAUUGAUAAAUUUUCGAACUUUAAGGGAUUGAAUUUUCUUUCCUCCCUCGUUUUAGGUAAAAGAGAAAGAAAAGGGCAAAAAAGUAAAGGUAUAUGGAAAUACGAGUUUGUACUAUUUGGACAAAGUUUAUAUAGAGAAGGAUAAUACAUCACUUUUGGUUUUUUUUUUCCA